AUGGGUGACAAGGUCGAGGACGCCCCCUUCCCUUUGACAGAUGUGGACAGGUGGGUACUUUCGCAGACGGAUGAAGAGUUCAAGUAUCAUGAUUGGGAAGAGCUGAGGGAGAUCAUUGAUACCAACAACCUUUCUGUGUUGAAGCGGAAGCCUUCAGACCUCCGCCGGUACAUGAAGUGGACAGCUGAGACGAAAGCUGCCUAUGGAUCCAUGACCAAUUUCCUGCUCCAACAUCGCCUGCCGAAGUCCUGGGGCCCCAUACCUUUCACGCCCGCCUCUGAGAUCCCCUUCAAAGACCCGUCCGAUUAUACGGUCCUUGUCAACGACUGGCCCUACGGCCUCACGCCCGACAUCACCCACAUAGUCGUCUGGACCCGUACCAUCGUCCCGACAGACCCCGCGACUGGAGACGUGACUCCCGAGAGCAGGAGACUCAUUGUUGACUUUGUCAAGACGCACUUUUCCGACAAGCUGGGCCCCGGUGGUGAAAAGCGUGUGAUGUGGUUCAAGAACUGGGUCGCCCUUCAGAGCGUCCGCGCACUGGAGCACAUCCAUGUGCUUGUCAAGAAUGCGGAUCCGGCGGUGAUUGCUGAGUGGACCAAGUAG